AAAAAAAAAAAAAAAAAAAAAAAAUGAGCGUUCGAAAAGCUACCCAUGCUGGUUCCUGGUACAAGUCUAAAGGACCGGAACUUGACCAACAGUUGACACGAUGGUUGGCUGAUGCAGGGGAGACAACCUCUACUGGCGAUGCAUACCCUAUCCAGGGCCUUCGUGCCAUCAUUGCUCCUCAUGCAGGAUAUUCGUUCAGUGGAUCAGCUGCGGGGUAUGCCUACAAGUGCAUACAACCAGACGCUUUCAAACGUGUAUUUAUUCUUGGACCAUCUCACCAUGUUUACCUGCCUGGAUGUGCCAUCUCAAAGUGCCCAAAAUACAACACGCCAUUGGGAGAUUUAAUCAUUAAUCAAGAAGUCAACAAGACAUUGGAGAAGACAGGCCAGUUUGGGUACAUGUCUCAGGAGACGGACGAGGAUGAACAUAGCAUUGAAAUGCAUCUACCCUAUGUUUACAAGGUUUUUGAAAACCACUUGGAAAAUGUCACUAUCAUUCCUAUUCUAGUCGGCGCCCUGACAGAGACCUCAGAGAAACAGUACGGGAAACUCUUGGCUCCGUUCCUGGAUGAUCCCGAGAAUCUCUUUAUUGUCUCAAGCGACUUUUGUCAUUGGGGACAACGCUUCAACUAUACAUAUUAUGCUAACAACGAUGGAAUGGUAACCCAAUAUUUUGGAGCAGGCCGGGCACAGAAUCCUACAGAUCCCCAGAUCUUUGAGUCCAUUCGUAGGCUUGAUCAUGAAGGCAUGGAGAAGAUUGAGCAACAGAGCCAUUCGACAUUUUGCAGGUAUCUGAAUAGGACCAAAAACACCAUCUGUGGACGACAUCCCAUUGGCGUGCUCUUGGCGGCAUUGGAGGAUGAUAUGGCCAAGGCCAAGGCCUCGGAAUCUAUCAAGAAAUAUAGAACUCGAUUUGUUCACUAUGCUCAAUCGAGUAGUGUCAAGUCGGCUUCAGAUUCCAGUGUUUCCUAUGCCUCAGCAUUUAUUCAGCGCGAACAGUAGUACAGUAGAUGUUCUUUCAUGUUCACUCAUCCUUGUCUUCAGAGCUACAAAAUAAUAAAAAUAAAUAUUAAACGCUGC